AUGCACGAACCACUUUCAAUGACGCUUAAGCUUUCCCCGCACGCGUUCUCCACGCGGAUUGCGCCACGUACGGCUCUUGAUGGCUUCUGUAGCCAUCAUGAUAGCAACAGCCCCGGUACCAUGAGACAUUGGACGCGUCUGACAUCAACAUCGAACACGAACCACUGCAAUCAGGACAGUUCCCUUCUGGACUCUCAGCAAGCAGUAUGUGAAGUUCUCAUUCCUCUUGCCAGCGGAUCAUUGAUCUCUUUCGUCUCUGGCGGAGAACUGAUCCCAGGUCCCAACUCGCGUGGCGUAAUUGGGGGUCUUGCAUCUGUUAUUGGCCAGGCUGCACGUGGAGAAAAGCAAGGCUCGGAGUGGGACCGCUGUGCAGCAGAAAAUGCUCAAAGACAGCAGGGUCCAAGACGUGAGAAGAAGGGCAUCGUUUCCACACCAAUUCGCACAUACAAAGAAUUGUUGGCAAAGAACGUGUUGUAUCUCAUGGUUGUCAACAUGCCUUCAGAGGAAGAAAUGGCAGCAGCAAGAGCGGCAGUCAUGGUUUGA